UAUAUACGAACCUUGGGUUCUCCUGUCAAGGGAAAAAAUUAGGGACGAUUUAGGAUUUUUGGUGGGGAUAUGUUUUGAUUCUGGUGCUCCGGAUGACAAGACCAGAUUUAGUAAGAAACAAAUCUUGAGAUUGCUACACAGGAUAAUUGAAGAUUGUGUACAACCCUCGAUGAAUUCCAUUAGAGCUAUUUUUCUGGUUGUGUGAAUGGUGAAUCUUUUGCUUGCUGGAGUCACACUGUUGGAUUCAAGCGUGCAAUUUUGCAAAUAUAUAUUGUUUAAAAGCUUAAUUUGAUCAUAAUUUGGGAAUAACUCAAUGUGCAGGCCUUGUUAAGUGAAACAUUUUCUUUCCUUUUAGCGACAUGGGUAUGGAGCAUUUGAUGAGUGUGGUGAAUCCUUCAUCAGGUUAGCCAAUGUUUCCCUCAGAUGACAUGGUUUCUGUUUACGGCAAACUGCGACUGACUAUUUGUUCCUAGGUCAUGCCUUACAAAGAGGCCCCGAACGUCAUGAUGAUGGACCAAUGGAGGAAAUGAAAGAGCUACAAAGGCAGAGAGCAGAAACAAAGAUGGAAAAGUGCCAAAGCACAGAAAGCAGGAGUGGAGCGAUCAGAUGUCCAAUACCAUGCAAAAGCAGCAGGCCAUACAGGGAGUAUGAUUUCAAAACUUCGCAAGAUCUCCCCGAUUUCAUUGUGAGCAAGGCUUCUCCUCCACCAUACUUUAUGGGAUCUCCGCCAGUUCGUGCAAGCAAUCCCCUUGUCCAUGAUACACAGUUCUGUUCUUGGAAACUACAAAAUGUCGAUCAAUCACCUGGCAUUCCUAUACCAACCAAGAGUUGCAGUGUUGACUAUUGGGUGAGAGGAGGAUCUAUUACGAAGUCUUGAAGCUACAUUUAAUCCGUUUCAUGACUGCUCAUAGACCCGCUGUGAAGUUGUAGUUGUAAUUCUGGUUCUUUCUACAAGUACAGUUGUACAUAUGAGUUGCCAACCUCUGGAAGCUAUCGUUUUCAAGGUUCCUUUUUUGUGUGUCAUCUCAUCGGAAGUCUUGUAUAUAUCUUUCUGUUGAAUUUAUGGGCAGCUAGGCUAGUUUCAACGUGUAAAAUUGUUAAACUCUGUUGUAGAGAAAUGAGCUAUUCUGAAUGAAAA